AUGCCACCAUUCCAUCACCACCUGAAAUAUGCCGAGUGGGCUCGUGAAUAUGGUUCUCUUGUCACUGUGAUGCGUGGCCAGCAUCCAACGGUGCUAGUCAGCUCUGCCCAGGCGGCACGCGACAUCUUCGACAAGAUGGGUACCAUCACAGCCAGCCGGCCUCCGAGUUACUUGAUGAACGAUGUGGCUCACGACGGCUAUUCGAUGGGCUUUUCACCCAACAAUGACUACUGGCGUUUAGCCCGCCGUUUAUUCCACUCGAUCCUCAAUGUCAGCGCAACAAAGCAAUAUGUACCCUUCCAAGAGCUCGAGACAACCAAGCUACUGGUUGACAUACUUUCUGAUCCGACCGACUUCCGGACCCACAUCUUCCGGUACAGCAACUCGAUCGGCCUCCUGCUCAUCAGCGGACGCCGCGCGCCCACGCCUGACGAUCCAGCUAUCGAAGAAGUUCGAGAGAACUUUGGCGAAUUGUCUUCUAUCUGGCUCAGAGGUAGCCUGCCUGAUUACUUCCCUAUCCUCAGGAUGUUUCCGGAUUGGGUGUUUCCCUCCAUUCGAAAGGCGCGUGAGCACUCCGUGAAAGAUGCCAAGAUCGCACUCAAGCACUUUGUCCCGUGCAAAGAGUCGAUGAACAUCCUGCCGUCAUUGAACAAGGCUCUGGCACAGAAGCAGAAGAAAGAAGAGUUUGAGGAUAUCGUAGGAGCAAGGAUGGGUCUGGAACUUCUGACGGCAGCAACCGACACAACUUCACACACGCUGAUUAACCUCAUUGCCGCUUUGGCAUGUUUCCCUGAUGUUCAGCACAAAGCGCAUGAAGAGAUCGAUCGUGUUGUUGGACCAAAUCGAAUCCCCAACACAACUGACAUGUCUACACUUCCCUACAUCCGCCAAAUCGUGCAAGAACUCCAUCGCUGGUCCAGCAUCGCACCCUUCGGUGUCCCGCACUCUUCCACCAAGGAGAUCACGUACGAUGGCUACACGAUCCCUGCAGGAUCCACUCUCAUUAUCAACGCGUAUUUCAUACACAAUGACCUUUCGGUCUACGAAAAUCCCCGCGCCUUCAAGCCCGAGCGAUGGGAGGGCAAGCUGCAGGAGGCCAAGGAAGACUCCGUCGGUGCGCGCUCGGAGCUCUUCACAUUUGGAGCAGGCCGUCGCAUCUGCCCUGGUCAACAUCUCGCAGAGCGCAACCUGUUCCUGACGGUGUCGAAAAUCAUCUGGGCAUGCGAUAUAUCCAAGAAGACGACUGAGGACGGGAAAGAGGUCCCAAUUGAUACGGAGAACCAUUCGCCUGGGGCGGUUAUCUCGAUAGCGCCAUAUGCUGUCAAUAUCAAACCCAGGAGCACGGCUCAUGUCGAAGUCGCCAAGGGCGAAUGGAACACCGGCCGUGAUGAGUUUCUGGACGAGAAGGAGCAGUGGAAGAGGGUUACGCCCGGUAUAGAAGAGUUGAUGAGAAAGGUGAAAUAG